AUGAGUUCAAGAAACCCUUUCAAUUUUACUCAAGCUAAUUUUACGGACCUGUUGAAUUCUCAACAGGAUUCUAACAUUUCUGAUUCUAAUCCUCUUCUUCCAAAUUCCACACAAACCUCUGAGCUUAAUCAGUUUAACACCCCUUUCUCUUCUCAGCCUCUCCAGUUUAGCUCCCCUUUCUCUUCUCAGCCUCUCCAAUUUAGCUGUCCAACUGUCCCUGAAGAGUGUAUUCAGCUUAGUGGUGAUGAUAAUGAAGCAGAGGGAGGUAAAACAAGUAGGUUGAGGUGGACUAACCAGGAGGAUGUGAAGCUGAUAAGUGCCUGGUUAAAUACCAGCAAGGACCCUGUUGUGGGUAAUGAGCAAAGGGUUGAUUGCUUUUGGAAGCGCAUUGCAGCCUAUUUCCAAGCAAGUGAGGGAGCAUCCACUAGAGGGCCUGUCCAAUGUAAGGCUAGGUGGAGCAAGAUUAAUAAAGAUGUUAACAAGUUCGUUGGUUGUUACUCACAAGCUUCUGCAAGAAAGAAGAGUGGAGAAUCUGAAGAUGAUGUCUUGUCAUUGGCACAUGUGCUGUACAAGAAUGACAUGAAGAAGGCAUUUAAUCUUGGCCAUUGCUGGAGGGAGCUCAAAAAUGAUCAGAAAUGGAACACAGCUGAUUGUAGCUCUAAAAGGAGCAAGCUUGAUGCAGAAGGAGCUUACUCGUCUAGUUCAACAAAUGAUGGAGUUGAGGUGAGGCCUCCUGGUGUUAAAGCUUCCAAGAAGAAAGGGAAGACACCUCUAAUGAGCAAUGAUGUUGAGGAUAGUGGAAAGGUGAAGCUUGAUAGGAUCAUAGCUAUGAAGGAUAAGGAACAAGCUGCUAAAGAAAGGCAAGGCAAAAUGAAAGUACUUCAAAGUCUUCUUAACAAGACUGACCUAACACCAGCUCAAGUUAUACUUAGGGAUAAGCUACAAGACCAAAUGUUCAGUUCUGUCUUGGAGUGUCAUGGAAAACCUGUGAAGUUGUCUUCUGGGGUAAACUGUGGGUUAUCAUGGACUGGUAAAGUGAAAUGA